AUGUUCUCGCCAGCUCUCAGGGCAGCUGCACGUCAAGCUGGCCGGACUGGAUCUGGUGUCAGUCUGUCAUUGCCUGCGACACAUCCCAUCUUAUCGCCUUGCUGCUCCUACCUCUUCACUGCCCGAAGCAGUGGCUCGCCCAUCAACCCUGCCCUGCGAGAUGCACGGAGAAGUAUGACGGCCUCCUCACGUCGGAGCGCCAAACCUGUAGAUGAUGGGACCGAGCCGGGCAAGAACGACAGGUCAAGUGCAGCAAGUCGAGAUGAAGCGCCCCAAAGGCCUCGUGGAGCAGGAGCUUUCGACAUUGACACUUCUUUGGCUACCAUAGCCGACGAAGCCGCCUCUGCAGCAGAAGGGGCAUCCCAAAAAACAGGGGCAAAAGCUAGGUCCAAUGCCACCUCUCAGGAGAAAAAGAGGAGAAGCACGGCUUUGUAUGCUUCGAUUGCUGCGCUUUUGAUAGGCGGUUGGUGGACUACCGGCUUAGGGAGGGAGUGGGAAACUCUUGAAGAGAGGGAGAGAUAUGCCAAUGUGAGUGGAUGGGCUCGAUGAUCAUCGUCGAAAUAUGAGAGGCAAUGCUCAUUUCGAGCUCCGCGCUCCGUCUACCUCGCCUCGACGUGGGCUCGCAUGGUCCAACAGGAUCCGUCUGCGCAAGACUUUUUCGGAAGGGCCAAGAUUCGUCUGACGAAGAUGUACACCUCGGUCAAUGAACCAGCUUGGGAGAAAUUACUUCCCGAUCUGCUCCCCUUUCCCUACCAGCGGCCGUACACGUUAGUGGUGGAUCUAGAUAAGCUUUUGAUCUCGUCCAAGUGGACCCGAGAGAAUGCUUGGCGCACGGCCAAGAGACCAGGUCUGGAUUACUUUUUGGGCUAUCUGAGUCAAUGGUACGAGAUUGUCAUCUACACGCGCCAGCCAUUUUACAUUGCCGCACCUAUCUUGGAGAAGCUGGAUCCGGAUAGGAGAUUCAUUGCAUACACUCUGUUCAGGGAGAGCUGCAGGAAAGCACCGAGCGGAAAUCUGGUCAAGGACCUCAACCACCUCAAUAGGGACUUGAGCAAGGUCGUGGUGCUCGACUUCGAUCCCAGCUCGUAUGAACUUCAUCCGGAGAACGGCCUUAGCAUCAGCAAGUGGAAUGGCGAUGCGAGGGACACGGAGCUGGUGGACUAUGUGCCUUUCUUCGAGGGUGAGUGCUUUGCGAGACACGAUGCUUAAGUCGCUCUGGGCUACGGUGACUGCCUUUGCGCCUGCUAGCUUUGAGAUCGCAUCGCUCACAUGCAUCAUCACGGAAUCUUGCCGCGGAUGCAGCCAUUGGCAUCUUUGACGCGCAGGACGUGAGGCCGAUCUUGAAAGCAUACCAGGGUGAACAUGUGCCUACGAAGUUUGCGGCUUGGGAAGAGGAAUGGAGGAGGACGCAAGAGGCGGAGAGGACGAAGAAGCAAGGCAGCGGGCUGGGGCGCAUCUUUGGGGGAGGCUUGGUGAGUGCUGCGCCGUCUUGGCGAUCGAGUGAUGUGCCUACGCAUUGCCUUGCGCACCAGCGCAAGGGCAUCUGUGGACAUGUUGCAUGCUCACCCGAUUGACCUCGUACCGAUCUCGAUGGCGCUGCUCAUACGAACAGAGGGAAGGGGGAGGCUCAACAGCUCCGAAGAAUCUUUUGGAUGCGGAGAGGGAGAGAAUGCACCAGGCCUAUGCUGCGGAUCAAAAGUAUUGGGCGGAAAAUGGCGAGAUGCUGAGGCAGCAGCAAAAGGAGGAGCAGGAAAAGGCUUUGAAGGAGAUGAAGCUUAGUGCUUGGGCGUGAGUGUUGCUGCUCCUUCUCGUCCUUGGCGCCACGUGCCUUGGGCUUUCAGCGAGAUAGCAAAGUCGCGAAAUGGAAAAAAAUUGAGAGCAUCGCUGAAAUAUUUUCUUUUUGAUCGCUUUGUGCGUCCUGAUCGCCCUCCUUUGGGCAGAAUGAUCACGGGUCAAGGAAUGAAGCCUCCAGGAGCGGAAGAGAAGGCGUCUGCUUGA